GAAAAAGAACGAAAUACGAAACUUAGGGGAAGAAAGACUGAAGAUGAAUAAGCAAAAGGAGACCCCUCAAUUUUGAAGCCACUUUUUUUUUCCCUUUCUCAUCGACACGCUCACUACGCGAAGGAAGAGAUUACAGUUCAUCUUUCUGGUUCAAUUUCUUGCAGCUUUACGUAUCCACCACGGUCUCUGUUUUCCAUUUCGUAUUUAUUAUUGUUUUUCUCUCUCUCUGUGAUCCGGAGGGGAGGAAGAUUUGUUCAGUAUUCCGUUGAAGCUAUCUAAUCCGGAUCCACAAUUUCCAGGGAUAUCUGCGAUAUGGCCGAGGAAAAAGCCGCUGGUGAAGGUGAAAAGAAGGAUACUGCUGCCGAUGUUGCCGGGAAGAAGAAAUCCCGGGGGUUUUUAUCGCGGCUUUGGAGUGGUAUCUUCGGAGUACGUGGUGACGAUUUCGAGAAGAGGCUUCAACACAUUUCUAAGGAAGAAGCCGCUGUAAUUGCUAGGUUGAAGCGUAGAUCCCUAACCUGGCGGCGAAUGGCCAGAAAUCUUAUUGUAUCUUCUGUCAUUUUUGAGGUUGUUGCAGUUUGUUAUGCUAUCAUAACUACAAGAGCUGUAGAUUUGAACUGGAAGAUGAGAGCUUUUAGAGUUUUACCCAUGUUUCUUUUGCCUGCAUUAACAGCUCUGGCUUAUACGACAUUUCUCAGCUUCACAAGAAUGUGUGAUCGCAAGGACCAGAAAACCCUUGAAAGGCUGCGAGCUGAGCGGCAAGCUAAAAUUGAUGAACUCAAGGAGAAAACAAAUUAUUACAUUACACAGCAGCUCAUCCAGAGAUACGACCCUGACCCUGCUGCAAAGGCGGCUGCUGCAACUGUAUUGGCUUCCAAGUUGGGAGCAGAUUCAGGCAUGAAGGUUCAUUUGGGCGAUGAACCCAAUGUUAAUGUCCCAUCAGGGAAGAGCAACGAUGUUGAAUAUGUGCAACCUGGUGUUGGACUUCGGAAUAGAAAACAAGGUCAGAAUCGUUCCAGCAGUGCAGGCAAAGCUUCAUUGCAUCAUCCCGAAGAAGAGACACAUCUGCCUACAGUAUCUGAAAGUCCCCAUGCUCCUGAGAACAAUCAGUUGGUUGUCGAUCAUUACAAUCCCCAAGGACCAGCUGUUAAUGAUGGAGGAUGGUUGGCUCGAAUCGCUGCACUGCUCGUCGGAGAGGAUCCAACACAGUCUUAUGCGCUCAUCUGUGGCAACUGCCAUAUGCACAAUGGGCUUGUGAAGAAAGAAGAUUUCCCUUUCAUUACCUACUACUGCCCACAUUGUCAUGCCUUGAAUCGGUCGAAUCAAUCAGAGGAACCAGCUUCUAGCCACGGCACUCCUGGUCCUGAUUCUGCAAGAGCUGGAGACAGUAGUGAUCCAUCAAAUACUGCUGGAUCUGUUAUUGACAGUGUACUCACCAGCAACGUCCUUGCGGAAGCAAUUUCCGAGGUUCAGGACACGGUCAAAGCAACGGAAGCUGAAAACUUAGUUAGUGAAGGAGAAAAGGUAUGCACAGCUGUAACUACGUAACUAUAAUACCACGGGACUAGAGUUUGAUCAUCACUUGGGCUUGUUUUACUUACCCCUUGUUCAUAUCAUGGGCGUUAUUGAGCAACAUAUUGUUUUCAUGGUUUGCUUCCAGCUUCCUGGCUUGGUCUUGUAAGCUGGCACUGUUAAAGGUGAGUACUUUUCAUUCUCUUUUUAAUUUUCCUGCCCUCUUUUUUCUCCCCCUUAGAGCUGAUGAUGUAUACAUAAACAUAGGUUACAUGGAUUUUGUUGUAAACAUGUAAAACUGUUGAAUUUUUGGACUUUUAAUGGAAGUGUCUAAAAGAUCUUCUUUUGUUA